AUAAAACCUCAAUCGCUCCCACUCGCAGACCUAAAGCCGCGAGGAAAACCCUCUCUUAACUCUUCCUCCCUCGCGCGCCGUAGGUCUCUCCCCUCUCCCAAGAAUGCCGUUCAAGCGUUAUGUGGAGAUCGGGAGGGUUGCUCUUGUCAACUAUGGGAAGGAGUACGGCAGGCUCGUCGUCAUCGUCGACGUCGUCGAUCAGAAUCGAGCUUUGGUUGAUGCCCCAGACAUGGUGCGAGGCCAAAUGAACUUCAAGAGGCUUUCUUUGACUGAUAUAAAGAUUGACAUUCCAAGGCUUCCUAAAAAGAAGUCCCUGAUUGCUGCCAUGGAAGCUGCUGAUGUUAAGAACAAAUGGGAGAACAGCUCAUGGGGAAGGAAGCUGAUCGUGCAGAAGAGGAGAGCUUCGCUGAAUGACUUUGACAGGUUCAAGGUGAUGCUGGCAAGGAUCAAGAGAGGAGGCGCUAUCCAGCAAGAGCUUGCAAAACUUAAGAAGCAGAAUGCAUCUUGAGCUUCUCAUUGAUAACAAUUUCUGCCAAAUCUGGUUGUGAUGCAUGGACCAUUUUUUAUUUUGUCAGCAGGUUUAAGAGAGUUUUUUACAUAGAGAGGUCCUAUGAGCUUUUUCAUGUUUUGAGAGUUUUGUGACACUAGAUUAUUUGUUUGAAGUUUUUAUGGCACCCAUGAAAAAUUAUGCUUUCAUUUCUUUAGUAAGUGGCAUCUUAUUUUAUA